CGGGUCAAGCCCCAGGGAGUGCGAGUGGGAAAAACCACACUUCCCAGAGUGCACCGCAACCGCGAAGGCCUCACUACCGGCGUCCGCUCGCCGGCGCCAUUUCUGGAGAGGGGAACGGCGGUGCGGCCUGCAGUCAUGGCGCUGUUCCCGGCCUUUGCAGGCAUUGGUGAGACUUCCGGUAGCGGCAGCGCCAGGAAAGAAUUAGACUGGCUGAGCAACCCAAGCUUUUGUGCUGGAGCCAUAACCUCUCUGAGCCAACAAACUGAAGGGGCCACAGCCCUGGUUUCUGAAGGGUCACCUCUGACAAGGAGCCCUCUGAAAUCAGAGCCUUCGGAUGAAAGUGACACUAACAAAAAGCCCAAACAAACAAGCAGAAAAAAGAAGAAAGAGAAAAAGAAGAAAAGGAAGCAUCACCACAAGAAAACUAGGAGAAAACACGGGCAGUCCAGUAGCAGUGGGUCUGAGCCAGAUAGUGAUUCUGAAAAGGAUAAAACUUCCAGAAGCAUUAGAGACAGUAAAAAGGAAUCCGAGAAACCAAACCGAGAAGGGAACGCCGUCGCUGAUACUGGGCACCGCUGCAUCUGGCUUGAGGAUGUUCAGGCUCUCACAGGGGAAACCUUCAGAACAGAUAAGAAACCGGAUCCUGCAAACUGGGAGUACAAGUCUCUCUACCGAGGAGAUAUAGCAAGAUACAAGAGGAAAGGAGACUCCUGCCUUGGCAUUAACCCUAAGAAGCAGUGCAUAUCCUGGGAGGGGGCUGCCACAGAAAAGAAGCACUCACACAAGCAUGUCGAGCGCUAUUUCACGAAGAAGAGCGUGGGACUGAUGAACAUUGACGGAGUCGCCGUUGGCGGUAAAACCGAACCUCCCUCAUCUGAGCCGGUCUCAUUUAUCCCAGUGAAGGGCUCCGAUGAUGUGGCUCCUCCUGUUACGACCUGGUUGAACCCUCUGGGGAUUUAUGAUCAGUCCACCACGCAGUGGUUACAAGGACAGGGUCCUUCAGAGCAAGAAUCAAAGCAGCCAGACUCACAGACAGACAGAGAGCAUGCCCUGCUCAAGGCCAAGGUGGAGGAGUUUAACAGGAGAGUUCGGGAGAAUCCCCGGGAUAUUCAGCUGUGGAUGGCAUUUGUUGCUUUUCAGGACGAGGUCAUGAAGAGCCCUGGCCUGUAUGCCAUCGAGGAAGGAGAGCAGGAAAAGCGGAAGCGGUCUCUGAGGCUCGUUCUGGAGAAGAAGCUGGCCAUCCUGGAGCGGGCCAUCGAAAGCAACCAGAGCAGCGUGGACCUGAAACUCGCCAAGCUGAAGCUCUGCUCCGAGUUCUGGGAGCCCUCCGCCCUGGCCAAAGAGUGGCAGAAACUGAUCUUUCUGCAUCCCAACGAUACAGCCCUGUGGCAGAAAUACCUUUUAUUCUGCCAGAGCCAGUUUAGCACCUUUACGGUGUCAAAAAUUCACGGUCUGUACGGCAAGUGCUUGAGCACCUUGUCUGCCGUGAAGGACGGCAGCAUCUUAUCGCACCCCGCCCUGCCGGGCACCGAGGACGCCAUGUUUGGUCUCUUUCUUCAGCAAUGCCACUUCCUGCGGCAGGCUGGUCACUCUGAGAAGGCAGUCUCUCUGUUCCAGGCCAUGGUCGACUUCACCUUCUUCAAACCCGACAGUGUGAAAGACCUGCCCACCAAAGGACAGGUGGAAUUCUUUGAGCCCUUCUGGGACAGUGGGGAGCCCCGGGUUGGCGAGAAGGGCGCCCGAGGCUGGAGAGCGUGGAUGCACCAGCAGGAGCGGGGCGGCUGGGUGGUCAUCAGUCCAGAUGAUGAUGAUGAUGAGCCAGAAGAUGAGGACCAGGAAAUAAGAGAGAAGAGUCUGCCCAGGUGGCAGAUCUGGCUUGCCACCGAGCGGUCCCGAGACCAGAGGCACUGGCGGCCGUGGCGCCCUGAUAAGACCAAGAAGCAAACCGAGGAAGACUGUGAGGAUCCAGAGAGACAGGUGCUGUUUGAUGACAUUGCCCAGUCUAUGAUCCGUCUUUCCAGCCAGGAUCUUCAGUUUCAGCUGGUUGCGGCCUUUCUGCAGUUCCUGGGCGUGCCUUCUGGCCUCAGCCCUCCAGCCUCCUGCCUCUACCUGGCCAUGGAUGAGAACAGCAUCUUCGAUGACGGGCUUUGUGACGAAAUGCCACUGACUUUUCUCAACCUUUCCUCUUCUGGUGUCAGCUGUGUUGGCUGCUCAGACCCACUGGGCCACCGGCGCUGGACCCGGGGUCACAAUCGAGAGGGCGAGGAGUUCAUCCGCAACAUCUUUCACCUUGUGAUGCCUUUGUUUUCAGGCCGGAAGAGGUCUCAGCUCUGCUUCUCUUGGUUACGGUACGAGAUCGAGAAGGUCAUUUGGUGUCUGCACACUAAAAACAAGAAGAGGCUAAAGUCACAGGGAAAGAACUGCAAGAAACUAGCCAAAAAUCUCCUGAAGGAGCCAGAAAACCGCAACAGUUUUUGCCUCUGGAAGCAGUACGCACAUCUGGAGUGGCUGCUUGGCAACACCGAGGACGCCAGGAAGGUGUUCGAUAUGGCGCUCAGCAUGGCGGGGGGCAGAGACCUGAGGGACCGUGAGCUGUGUGAGCUCGGCCUCCUCUACGCCGGGCUGGAGGCGGAGCUGUUGCCGGACCCGAGAGGGGCCGCCACGGCGCGAGCCGUUCACGUACUGACCAGGCUGACGGAGCAGGGGCCCUGCGGGCCCUACUCCGGGCAGGCGCUGGCCGUUCACAUCUUGAAAGCUCGGAAGGCGUACGAACACGCGCUGCAGGACUGUUUGGGCGACAGCUGUGUGUCCGCUCCGGCUCCCAGCGACUCCUUCGACCGCCUGACUAGCCUGGUGAAAUGCUUCAUGCUCUUUCAGUACUUGACCGUAGGGAUCGAUGCGGCCGUGCGGGUGUACGAGCAGGUGCUCGCAAAACUGAAGGGCUCUGUGCCCCCAGGGGGCUCCGGCCCGGAGGACGGUGCCCGCGCCCAGGGCCCCCACGGCGCGCUGGAGGCCGUGACGCUGAUGCACACGAGCCUGCUCAGGUUCCACACGAAAGUCAGCCUUUACCCCCUGGCUCCUCUGCGACAGGCUCUCUCCGAGGCGUUAAGGUUGUACCCAGGCAACCAGGUGCUUUGGCGGGCAUACGUGCAGAUUCAGAGCAGGUCCCACGCAGCCAGUGAGACCAGAAGAUUUUUCGACGCGGUCACCAGGUCUACCAAACUCUUGGAGCCUUGGUUGUUUGCGAUCGAGGCCGAGAAAAUGAGGAAGAGACUGGUGGAGAGUGUUCAGAGGGUAGAUGGUAGAGAGGUCCACGCCACAAUUCCCGAGACCGGCUUGACACAUCGCAUCAGAGCCCUGUUUGAAAAUGCGUUGCGGAGCGACAACGGCAGCCAGUGCCCCUUACUGUGGAGGAUGUACCUGAAUUUUUUGGUUUCCUUAGGAAACAAAGAAAGGAGCAAAGGCGUGUUCUACAAAGCACUUCAGAAUUGUCCCUGGGCGAAGGUGCUGUACCUGGACGCCGUGGAGCACUUCCCCGAAGAGAUGCAGGAGGUCCUGGACCUGAUGACGGAGAAGGAGCUCCGGGUGCGCCUGCCCGUCGAGGAGCUGGCGCUUCUGCUGGAGGACUAGACCAGGAGGGAAUGGGCCCUGCCUUCCGGGCCUCUCGCCUGCCCCCCCCAACCCCCCCACCGGAGCCGGGAUGCACAGGACGGGGACGCACGCGUGUGAGCAUGUGUCACGAGACCUCCGCUUUUCAAGUUUCUUAAUUCUUAGUAAUUUGGGUCUGGGUUAUCAGUCUUUUACCUCUUGCACAUUGUUUGGAUGUGUGAAGGACACAGAACCAUAGUUUACAUAUUGUAUAUGUGAAUGUGUGUAUGUAGGGAAGAAUCCUGCCAAGUGAAAACUAAACCCGUCGUGGCUGGUGUGCGGGAGGUCUGUUCCACUCCUCUGCCCGGCUGUGAACAUUCCCCAUCUGCAUCCUUGGUGGUCCUGCCGUCGUGGUAGGAAAGGUCUGGUUUCUGAGCACUCGGACCUCUCCCCGCAGCUGGUGAGCAGGAGAGCAGCUUUUGCCCUUAAGAGCCGUUUAAAACUUGGUGUUCUGGCCUCGCUCCUGUUUUAAAAGUUUCUCAUUAUUUGCUAGGCUCUUGAUGCCACCUCCCUUCUGUGGACCAGGAGCAUCACCUGGGGGCUUGUUAGAGAUGCAGCCUCCGGGCCCACCUCAGCCCUUCUGAGUCAGGGCCUGCACUUGAGCAGGACCCCCUGGGGACUUAGGUGCACCAAGUGUGGGGGCGCUGCCCAAAGGACCCCUGCCUGGGGGCUGUGACACAGAGGCCCAGACCCAGACCUGCCAGGCCACAUUCUUGUUUUGAUUUCUGAGGGUAUGAAUGGAAUGAAACGUAAAUAUCCACAUUCAGACCACUUUCUUCUGAAAAGGACACACCCUUGCAGUCAUUAAGGACACUGAGCUAGGAGGAAAUUGCUCUAUCUUCCCUGAGGUCCUGCUCUAAGAGAAACGCGGACAGCUGCUGACUCUAUCGUGAUCUCUAGAAUGGCUGAAGUUGUAUUUCUUUGGCGUCUCAUCCAGAGAAGCCCGUGUCGUGGAAGAGAAUCUUGCCUAGAAGCCAGCGGACACUGGUGGGGGAGAAGGGCGGCGGGUCAGGGCACCCGAGGAAGGUGGCUGGCCAGCCAAAUGGACGCUUGCCUCGAUCUGCCCCGCUUCCUUCACGGCUUCAAGACUGAACUGUUCAGAGAGGGGAGAAGUGCCGGAAAUGGAUGAAGAAAGGUAAGGGGGAGCUCUAACAGGUUUUGAGAACCCUUGAGGGGGAUGAGGUUUCUGAACCUAAGAACGAGCAGGCAGGGCAGAUUCCCGUUGGGAACCUUGCUUAGUAACGCCAAUACCUUCCUGCCCCAAGAAUGCUAGAACCUUCAUGCUCCACAGACCUUCCAGAAGGGAAAGCGGAGUUUCCUUCUGAAGCCAGAACCACACAGUUGACCCCUGUUGCUUAAACAGCAGAGAACGCUGGCUUUGCGGCUGCUGUUGUCCAGCCCUGCCACCGGCUCUGGGGAGGAGGGCAGGGCAGGAGGCGUUCAGGUCUACACUCCUGGCCAUCGCCCAGAAGCUUCCCUAACGCCUUGGUCCACCUAAUGCCGGACCGGCUGCUGAGCGGCUGGCGUGGAGGCUCCAGAAACGGGACGAACUGAGGAGGCGCUCACUUUAUUGGGGGGAGAACACUGCAUGUGGCCAACACAUGAAGGCAGCCUGGCGGGCACCCUACACACUGCGCUCAAAAAGGGACACGGGAGGUUUUGCUAAGAAGGAUCAACAGGAACGUGCGUUCCUCUGGGCGGCUUCCCAGCCUCAUCCCUCCGAGGAGUCGGGACACCCCGACCGUUUCCUUGAAGGCAGAUGUGGUCACUACAAGUAGAGCCCUUCAGGGGUGCCUUCUUGUUUUUUAUAAAGAACGUUUUCUUUUGAUUUUU